CAAGAAGGCACUGGGGAAGCUACUACUCCUCAGUGGGAAUUCCCCUUGUCCCCCCCAAUACAACGGCUAACAACUGGUGGUUUAGCAACUUAUGGUGAAUUUGAAUUUGCAGAACUUUACCAGUUCAUGUAA